AUGAUUCCAACGGACACCCUUCAGGCCGAUACUCCUGGGGUCACCCACAAGUUGGCCGCCAUCGGCCCACCGACCGAUAAGAACCAGGCGGUCGGCCGGAGCCUUGAUGCCGCGGUGUCCCAGGAAUGGAGCACGGCUGGUUUGUUUGAGUUCACGCUUGAAACCUUUCCAGAACGUCCCAAAGUUCCUAUAAACAGUCCAUGCGACAUGGCACGGGCGUGUCUGGCCAAGAAGAUCUAUGAAAGUGUUCUACCAAAAUUUAAUCCCUUCCAAUCAACACUGAGCAGCGGCACCCUCCAAUCCCUCGGUAGUCACACAUUGCAUCCAGAAAUCAUGCCUGCUGCUCUUGUGGGCCGGCUUUUCCUCUUCCAUCUGGCCCUGCGGAUCGCUUGUAAUGCUUCGGAGACCCCUAUCACUCUGGAUCUUUUUCCUCACCGGGCCGGUGGCGUGGACGAUAAUCUACAUAGCCUAGCACCACCUCAAAUUGAUCACUUCAGCAGAGCAGAGGCCGCCACUACUUCAGCUCCAACAACCACUCUGAGCCUGGGGAAUUUCAAUGUUGGAGAAAACACCUCUUCCGGUUUCAGAAAUCUUCAACCUCAUUUAACUCCAGUUUCACGAAAAGAAGUCGCACAAGAUACCUCUGGGCCAUCUCGUCAGACGCCUGCGAUGGGCCCUCAUGAAGCUGAGCCAACCAUGACAUCACAAAGCUCGCCACGUUCAGAGUGCACGAAUUAUUCCUUGUUAGAACAAGUCAAGAAUUGGCCAUUAGAGCUGAAAAUAAAUCUGAAAUCAAAAACAAACCUUAACACGAAAAUAAACCUGAACAAUCGAGUUUCAACAAGAAUGAAAGACGUAGUCCCAAGUUCUUCAAAGCGCCCCAAAAACUUCCAACCCCAAGGCUCACUAGCUUCUGAUUUUCAACCAGCUAAAAAACUCAAAAUCGGCCGUCUGUUAGAGAAUCUUGCCCGCAUAGAAAGAUCACACAUGCAGGUUGCAACUGAUAGUCCGCUAACAGUUGCUGAAGAAUUCACUAUGGGGAAGACGAUUGGAAUCAAUACAAUGGACAACCAGCGGCAGAUGCUUCCAUCCGAAUCCGCCAGAAUUUUUGAUGGCAGAACAGUACCAUAUCUGAUUUCCAACAAAGAAAUUACACUGACGCAGCAGCGAGUGAAAAAGUCUAGCGAAGUACUCAAGUUUGAUGCAAAUGUCUUACGUCCAACAGAAGAAUAUCGCGACAAACUUGGCAGCAUCCUUUCAGUGAUCGGAGUAAUUCAGCGAGGUUACCAGGCGCAGAUUAAGGAUCCCUCGCUUACGGAGGAGAAUGCUAAGCAUCACGUGCCGGUUCAAAUGUUGAAAUCAAGGAGAAAUGAUGAUCGCCCAAAGCGAAAAGAGCUGGAUAGCUAUACAAUAAUUAGGAAGAGAUCAAAUGCAAAAAGUACCGCCCUGAAAGAUUUCAAUUCAAAUAUCGAUAAUUGGAUUAAGUUUUGGGAAGAACGAAUUGGAAAAAAGUUGAUGAAUUUGGAAGAUCGGUUGGUGGAAAAAAGAAGUUACGCUCUACUUCUGUUCUACCUUGAUAUGAUUGGCACUUUAUUGCAAAAGUAUCAUCAAACCAAUCCGGACAGCGUGGAUGACCCUAGUUUGCCUCUUCUGAAGAAAGCAGUCGAGUUAGUAGAACCACAACUCAAAAACAACAAUUUUCGAUCUCACAAGUUUGCAAACUCAAUACCCUUGGUGGAGGAAGAGAAGAAAAAUCACGCGGACAUGAAAGUGCCAGUUGGAGUGUAUACCUUCAAUUGGGAAUGGAUCUCAACCGUGAUUAUGGAAUCAGACAUCAAAAAUUUGCACAUCGUGCUAUUUCAAGAUGCAGCAACUAUUCCUGACGCUACCCGUGGUUUCUUUAAUGACAUCUUUAUGUACUCCAUCCAUAGCUUGAAUCAGAGACUGAAAGCUUAUCUUACUGAAUGA